AUGUCGUAUAACGAUAACAACCAUAACUAUUACGACCCUAAUCAACAGGGUGGUGGUGUCCCUAAUGAUGGGUACUACCAACAACCGUAUGAUAUGAAUCAGCAGCAACAACAACAACAACAACAACCAUACGAUGAUAUGAAUCAGCAGCCACAACACCAGGAUUAUUAUGAUCCUAAUGCGCAAUAUCACCAGCAACCUUAUGAUAUGGAUGGUUACAAUGAUCCAAACCAAUAUGGAGGUCAUCCAAUGAAUGCUCAAGGUUACAAUGCUGAUCCAGAAGCAUUUUCAGAUUUCAGUUACAAUGGACAAGCUCCAGGUACCCCGGGUUAUGAUCAAUAUGGAACCCAAUACACUCCAUCUCAGAUGAGUUAUGGUGGUGAUCCAAGAUCUUCCGGUGCCUCAACACCAAUUUAUGGAGUCCAGGGUCAAGGUUAUGAUCCUACUCAGUUUCAGGUGUCGUCCAACUUACCAUAUCCAGCAUGGUCAGCUGAUCCUCAAGCACCUAUCAAGAUUGAACACAUUGAGGAUAUUUUCAUUGACUUGACAAACAAAUUUGGUUUCCAAAGGGAUUCAAUGAGAAAUAUGUUUGAUUACUUUAUGACUUUAUUGGAUUCAAGAUCAUCGCGUAUGGCUCCAGCUCAAGCAUUGUUGAGUUUACACGCUGACUACAUUGGAGGUGACAAUGCAAAUUACAGAAAGUGGUUUUUUUCAUCACAACAAGAUUUGGAUGAUACUUUGGGAUUUGCCAAUAUGACUUUGGGAAAAAUUGGUAGAAAAGCUAGAAAGGCUUCCAAGAAAUCCAAGAAGGCCAGAAAAGCAGCUGAAGAACAUGGUGAAGAUGUUGAUGCUUUAGCCAAUGAAUUGGAAGGUGACUAUUCAUUGGAAGCUGCUGAAAUCAGAUGGAAAGCAAAGAUGAACACCUUGACUCCUGAAGAAAGAGUUCGUGAUAUUGCUCUUUACUUGUUGUUAUGGGGUGAGGCUAACCAAGUUCGUUUUACUCCAGAAUGUUUGUGUUAUCUUUACAAAACAGCUGUUGACUAUUUGGAAUCACCAUUGUGUCAACAAAGACAAGAACCAGUUCCAGAGGGAGACUACUUGAACCGUGUCAUUACUCCUUUAUACAGAUUCCUUAGAUCCCAAGUUUAUGAAAUUUAUGAGGGAAGAUUUGUUAAGCGUGAAAAAGAUCACAACAAGGUUAUUGGAUACGAUGAUGUUAACCAAUUGUUUUGGUACCCAGAAGGUGUUUCGAGAAUCAUUUUCACUGAUGGUACGAGAUUGAUUGAUAUUCCAAAGGAGGAACGUUACUUAAGAUUGGGUGAAGUUGAGUGGAGCAAUGUCUUUUUCAAGACUUACAAAGAAAUCAGAACUUGGUUGCAUUUUGUCACCAACUUUAACAGAAUUUGGAUUAUUCAUGGAAGUAUUUAUUGGAUGUAUACCGCUUACAACUCGCCAACAUUGUACACCAAGAACUAUGUUCAAACCAUUAAUCAACAGCCACUUGCCUCAUCAAGAUGGGCAGCUUGUGCCAUUGGUGGUAUUAUUGCCGCAUUCCUCCAAAUUCUCGCCACUAUUUUUGAAUGGAUGUUUGUUCCUAGAGAAUGGGCCGGUGCUCAACACUUGACUCGUCGUUUAAUGUUUUUGAUUUUGAUCUUUUUGGUAAACUUGGCUCCGGUUGUGUACACUUUUAAAGUUGCAGGAUUGACUUUAUACUCCAAGUCCUCAUAUGCACUUUCUGUUGUUGGAUUCUUCAUUGCUGUUGCAACUUUGGUUUUCUUUGCUGUCAUGCCUUUGGGAGGUUUGUUCACCUCGUAUAUGAACAAGAGGUCGAGGAGGUACAUCUCGUCUCAUACUUUUACUGCAAACUUUGUCAAGUUAAGAGGAUUGGACAUGUGGAUGUCGUAUUUGUUGUGGGUCUUGGUUUUCCUAGCAAAGUUGGUUGAAUCUUAUUUCUUCUUGACUUUGUCAUUGAGAGAUGCUAUUAGAAACUUGUCAAAGACCACAAUGAGAUGUACCGGUGAAGUUUGGUAUGGUGACAUUGUCUGUAGACAACAAGCCAAGAUUGUGUUGGGAUUGAUGUACGCUGUCGAUUUGUUGUUGUUCUUUUUGGAUACCUACUUGUGGUACAUUAUCUGUAAUUGUAUCUUUUCCAUUGGUCGUUCAUUCUAUUUGGGUAUCUCAAUCUUGACACCAUGGAGAAACAUCUUUACCAGAUUACCAAAGAGAAUUUACUCAAAGAUUUUGGCCACCACCGAAAUGGAAAUCAAGUACAAGCCAAAGGUUCUUAUCUCACAAAUUUGGAAUGCCAUUGUUAUCUCCAUGUACAGAGAACAUUUGUUAGCUAUUGACCAUGUGCAAAAGUUAUUGUACCAUCAAGUUCCAUCAGAAAUUGAAGGAAAGAGAACUUUGAGAGCACCAACAUUCUUUGCUUCCCAAGAUGACAACAAUUUUGAAACGGAGUUUUUCCCAAGAAAUUCUGAAGCCGAAAGAAGAAUUUCAUUUUUUGCCCAAUCGUUGGCCACUCCAAUGCCGGAACCUGUUCCUGUUGAUAAUAUGCCCACGUUCACUGUUUUCACUCCACACUAUUCGGAAAAGAUUUUGCUUUCAUUGAGGGAAAUUAUUAGAGAAGAUGACCAAUUUUCAAGAGUCACCUUGUUGGAAUAUUUGAAACAAUUGCAUCCAGUUGAAUGGGAAUGUUUUGUUAAGGACACUAAGAUUUUGGCAGAAGAAACGGCUGCAUAUGAAAAUGGUGAAGAUGCGGAAAAAGCAUCUGAAGAUGGAUUGAAAUCAAAGAUUGAUGAUUUGCCAUUUUAUUGUAUUGGUUUCAAAUCUGCUGCACCUGAGUAUACUUUGAGAACAAGAAUUUGGGCUUCCUUGAGGUCGCAAACUUUGUACAGAACAGUAUCCGGUUUUAUGAAUUAUGCUAGAGCCAUCAAGCUUUUGUACAGGGUUGAAAAUCCAGAGUUGGUUCAAUACUUUGGUGGUGAUCCAGAAGGAUUGGAAUUGGCUUUGGAGAAAAUGGCCAGAAGAAAGUUUAGAUUUUUGGUUUCCAUGCAAAGAUUGUCCAAAUUUAAGGAUGACGAAAUGGAGAAUGCAGAAUUUUUGUUGCGUGCUUACCCAGAUUUACAGAUUGCUUUCUUGGAUGAAGAACCGGCAUUGAAUGAGGACGAGGAACCAAGAGUUUACUCUUCUUUGAUUGAUGGUCAUUGUGAGAUGUUGGAAAAUGGUAGACGUCGUCCUAAAUUCAGAGUUCAAUUGUCCGGUAAUCCAAUCUUGGGUGAUGGUAAAUCCGAUAACCAGAAUCACGCAAUUAUUUUCCACAGAGGUGAAUAUAUUCAAUUGAUUGAUGCCAAUCAAGAUAACUACUUGGAAGAAUGUUUGAAGAUUAGAUCAGUUUUGGCUGAGUUUGAAGAAUUGAAUGUUGAGCAUGUUAAUCCAUAUUCACCAGAUUUGAAGUCUGAAAAUCCAUUGCACGAAAAGAAAGCUCCAGUUGCUAUUUUGGGUGCUAGAGAAUAUAUCUUUUCAGAAAACUCUGGUGUCUUGGGUGAUGUCGCUGCUGGUAAGGAACAAACUUUUGGUACUUUGUUUGCCAGAACAUUGGCUCAAAUUGGAGGUAAAUUGCAUUAUGGUCACCCGGAUUUCUUGAAUGCUACAUUUAUGUUGACUAGAGGUGGUGUUUCUAAAGCACAAAAAGGGUUGCAUUUGAACGAAGAUAUUUACGCUGGUAUGAAUGCCAUGAUGAGAGGUGGUAAGAUCAAGCAUUGUGAAUACUAUCAAUGUGGUAAAGGUAGAGAUAUGGGUUUCGGAUCCAUUUUGAACUUCACAACCAAGAUUGGUGCCGGUAUGGGUGAACAGAUGUUGUCUAGAGAAUAUUACUACUUGUCAACUCAAUUGCCAUUGGAUAGGUUCUUGUCAUUCUACUACGGACAUCCUGGUUUCCAUAUCAAUAACUUGUUUAUUCAAUUGUCCUUGCAAGUCUUUAUGUUGGUGUUGGCAAACUUGAACUCAUUGGCACACGAGUCAAUUAUUUGUUCGUAUGAUAGAGAUGUUCCAGUCACUGAUGUCUUGUAUCCAUUUGGUUGUUACAACAUUGCUCCUGCUGUUGACUGGAUUAGACGUUACACCUUGUCUAUCUUUAUUGUGUUCUUCAUUUCGUUCAUUCCAUUGGUUGUUCAAGAGUUGAUUGAAAGAGGUGUGUGGAAAGCUUGUCAAAGAUUUGUUAGACAUUUCAUUUCGUUGUCACCUAUGUUUGAAGUUUUUGUUGCCCAAAUUUAUUCAUCAUCUGUUUUCACCGAUUUAACUGUUGGUGGUGCCAGGUAUAUUUCAACCGGUAGAGGUUUUGCCACUUCAAGAAUCCCCUUUUCCAUCUUGUACUCCCGUUUUGCUGACUCGUCAAUUUAUAUGGGUGCUAGAUUGAUGUUGAUUUUGUUGUUUGGAACCGUUGCUCAUUGGCAAGCUCCAUUGUUGUGGUUCUGGGCUUCGUUGUCUUCAUUGAUGUUUUCGCCAUUCAUCUUUAACCCACAUCAAUUUGCUUGGGAAGACUUUUUCAUUGAUUACAGAGACUUUAUUAGAUGGUUGUCUAGAGGUAACACCAAGUGGCACAGAAAUUCAUGGAUUGGUUACGUUAGGCUUUCGAGAUCUCGUAUUACCGGUUUCAAACGUAAGUUGACUGGUGAUAUUUCUGAAAAGGCUGCUGGUGAUGCAUCAAGAGCUCACAGAUCUAACAUUUUGUUUGCUGAUUUCCUUCCAACAUUGAUUUACACUGCUGGUCUUUAUGUUGCUUUCACAUUUAUCAACGCUCAAACCGGUGUCACUCAGUAUCCAUACGAAAUUGAUGGUAGUACAGACGUUCAAGAAGUCAAUUCUGUUUUGAGACUUAUCGUGUGUUCCUUGGCCCCUGUUGUUAUUGACUGUGGUGUUUUGUUUGGUUGUGUUGGUAUGGCAUGUUGUGCUGGACCAAUGAUGGGCUUGUGCUGUAAAAAGACCGGUGCCGUCAUUGCCGGUAUUGCUCAUGGUAUUGCUGUGAUUGUACAUAUUGUUUUCUUUAUUGUCAUGUGGGUUAUGGAAGGUUUCAACUUUGCCAGAAUGUUGUUGGGUUUCGCUACUAUGAUUUACGUUCAAAGAUUGUUGUUCAAGUUUUUAACUUUAGCUUUCUUGACCAGAGAGUUCAAGAAUGAUAAGGCCAAUACUGCAUUCUGGACGGGUAAGUGGUACAAUACUGGUAUGGGAUGGAUGGCUUUCACUCAACCAUCUCGUGAAUUUGUUGCCAAGAUUGUCGAAAUGUCUGAGUUUGCUGGUGAUUUCAUGUUGGCUCAUAUCAUCUUGUUCUGUCAAUUACCUAUAUUGGCAGUUCCAUUGAUUGACAGAUGGCACUCAAUGAUGUUGUUCUGGUUGAAACCAUCUAGAUUGAUUAGACCACCAAUUUACUCAUUGAAACAAGCUAGAUUGAGAAAGAGAAUGGUGAGAAAAUAUGUUACUUUGUACUUUGCAGUGCUCUUGUUGUUUGUUGUGAUUAUUGCUGCCCCAGCUGCUGCUUCUGGAUCUAUCAAGGUUGAUCAGUUUGCUGACAUUGGAUCUAAGGGCUCAAUUGCAUAUGGUUUGUUCCAACCAAGAAACGUUUCUAACAACGAUACCGGUCCUACGAACAGACCAAAGUCUUAUACUUGGUCAUAUUUGAGUGAAAAGUAUUCUGGCCAUACGACAGCAUAUUCUACGAAUGCGUUCAGAUAA